AUGCUGGUGCAAGCAUGUCAAGGAAGAGUCCCCACGAAGAACGCAGCGGGGCAAUCCAGCAACUGUGAGGAGUUGGGGUCUAGUUCACACGAAGAAGAUGAAGUUGUAGCUCCCCAUCGUGGUGGCGAUGUUGGUCCUGACAUUCAAAAUCUAUCCAUACAAGGAGAUGAAGUGGUCAACCGCCAUCAUACUGAUGAAGCCGAUGAAGGGGAGGACAUACCUGCUAUAGUUGAAGAAAUUGAGAGGGUGGACCGACAUGCAGUCGAAGAUGAGGAAAACCUCGCUGCUAAAGAGAAUGAUGACGAAGAUGAACAAGAAGUUGAGGAAUCAUGGUCAUUCCAGAUGCAAAGGCAGUUCAGGGUUGUGAAGUCUAACAAGACUAAGUACAUGGUCGUCUGUGAGACGGAAGGUUGCACCUUCCGUCUUCAUGGUCACGUGCCAAAGUACGAGUCUUACCGGAUUGUGUCCAAACUGCAGGAACACUCCUGUCUGAUUCGGGACACUAGGGAGUCGCACCGCAACCUGAUCGCGGCAUACGUCGCGAACAAGUACUACAAUGAAAUUAUUGAAGGUGAUGACCUGCCUGUGCAGCACAUAAUAAAACUGGUGGAGAAAGGUGAACAAUACACAAUUAGUUACCACAAGGCUUGGAGAGCGAAGCAGAAGGCCAUGGAGAAAAGAUAUGGGACAUUUGAGGAAGCAUAUGACACUCUGCCACAGAUGCUUAACAUUCUAAAGAGCAGGAACCCUGGGACCAAUGUUGCUGUCCAGGAUCGGGAGUCAAUUCGUCCUCCAAAUUAUCUUGUGAUGCAACGGGCAUUCUUUGCAUUCGGAGCAUGCAUUCAUGUGUUCCAGUGCUCGAGGCUGGUGCUGUGUGUCGACGGUACUUUCCUAAAUGGGAAGUACCGAGGCCAGAUAUCAACAGCUGUUGGUGCGGAUGCGAACAACCAGAUAAUUCUAGUAGCUUUUGCUUUUGUUGAAAGCGAGAACUAUGAAAGCUGGUUGUGGUUCUUGCAACUUCUAAAGUGGGGAGUGGUGCAAAAACGCACAUCGAUAUGCAUCAUCCAUAACCGGAAUGCCGGUCUGUUGAAGGCAAUCAAAGAGCUCCAGGAGGAUGGUGAUGGUGCAUACUACUAG